AUGCCAAUCCAUGCCACAGGCCGACGCCGACGAGGCUGGGGAAGAGGCUGCCGAGAGCUACCGAUAUUAUUCUUCGGGUUGCCAAGCGCCUUUUCCGUCCUGGCUCGCGACGCACCCAUCGUUGAUGGCCUGGGCAAGGGAGGUGUGCCGAAUGAGCCAAGCGAGGGCGCUGAGCUUGCCGCACAGUACGAUCCGUACGCCGCCGCCUACGAUGUCGAGGGCCGCAUCGUCUCGUGCCUGAAGGACGAUGCGGAUGAAGAUCAGUGCGUCGAGGACCAAUGCCGAUCGGAGGACAUGCGUGAGCGGUGA